AUGUCAUCAUCUUCAAUUCAAACUAACACAUCACAACAAUCGCGGGAUCAAAUCAAAGAUGAUACUAAAGUGAAAAUCAAUUUAACUGAAUUAGAUGAUCCAAUUUUAAAUUUUCUUCAUCAACCAACACCAACAAAACCAAAUCAAUCAAAUAAAAAUGAUUUAAUAAAUAAUCAAAGUAAAGAGAACAAUAAAUCUAAAUCUCAAUCUCAAUCUCAAUCUCAAACUCAAUCUCAAACUCAAUCUCAAACUCAAUCACAAUCAUCAUUAGGUUCACUGACUUCCAAAGAUAAGAAACUACCUUCUUUAGUUGUAAAACAAGAUCAUAAUUUAAAAUCAUGUUUAUCACAAUCAACUACAAAUAAUGAACAAACUUCAAAUAUUCCAUCAAUAGAUCAUCAAUUUGAAUCACAACAACAUCCUCAAUUCAUAUCAACUGAUAAUAUUGCUCCUAAUAAACAUGGAUUAAUAUCUGGUGAAGAUUAUUCAACAAUAAGUCAUUCAAAUUAUACUCCAUUAAUUUCUUCACAAGGUAGUAUAUCAUCAUCUGUAACUUCACCUCAACAAUCUGCUAGAAAUCCCACUUCUCCACCAAUUUCAUCACCUUCAUUUGGUUUAAAUCAUCAAUCACCUCCAAUUUCACAAUCUCAACAACCAUUUCAUCUUCCUAAUCAACCACAACCUCAACCUAUUCAACAACCACAAACUUCUCAUCCUCCAAUCUCAAGAAUGAAUUCUUUAAGAUAUUCAAAAAUUGAUGAUAAAAAAUUUAUUGAAACUUCAAGACAAUUAUCAAAUAACAAUUCAGAAGAAAGAUUAUUAGGAUUAGAUAAUUCAUUAAAUCCAUCAGAUGAUGAUAAAUUACAUUUAUUAAUUGGUAUAACAGGAUGUAUAUCAAUUCAUAAGAAUAUUUUUUUAAUUAUUGAAAAAUUAUUUGAAUUAUAUACAGAAGAAAAAUUAGAAAUUCAAGUUGUUUUAACAAAAUCUGCUGAAUAUAUUUUACUGGAAAAAUUACAUAAAUUAAAUGAAAUGGGUGUUAAAAUUUGGUUUAAUGAUGAUGGUGAAAAAUAUUUUUUAACUUCUCCUUUUCAAAAAGUUUAUUCAAAAGCUGUUGCAACGGGUAAUAAAAAAUUAAUUACUCCUCAAACUAUGCAACAAUGGAGUUUAGCUUAUGAUUUACAAAGAUGGACUGAUGUUUUAUUAUUAGCUCCUUUAUCUGCUAAUACAAUGGCAAAAUUAAUUAAUGGAUUAGCUGAUAAUUUAUUAACUGAUAUUUUACAUGUUUGGCCAAUUCCUGUUGUUCAUCAUAUUUCAGAACCAAUACAUUCUCCUCCACUACCCGCGCAACAAGCACAAACACAACAACAACAACAUUCACAGAAUGUACAACCUGCUUCAAAUAUACCAAGUGCAGCUUCAAUUGCAGGUUCAACAUCAGCUUCAAUAACAAAUUCAAGUUCUAUUUCAAAUACAGAAAAAAAAGAUACAACAAUUAUAUCAAAUAAUAUAAUAGCACCAAAACCAAUAGUUUCAGCAUUAGCAUUAACAAAUUCAAUGUAUUCACAUCCAAUAACAAAAAAACAAUUAUGCUUGCUUCAAGAAACUUAUCCAAAUAUGAGUAUUUUAAAACCUGUUGAAAAAUGUGUUGAUAUGGAUGGAAACAUUGCAAUGGGUGGUAUGAGAUCAUGGAGAGAAGUUGUUGAUUUUGUUUCUAAAAAAUUAGGACCACCACCUAUUGAAAAUGAAGAUGAAGAAGAUAAUGAUGAUAAUGAUGAUGAUGAAGAUGAUGACGAAGAAGAGGAAGAGGAUGUAGAUGAGGAAGAAGUAAUCGAUGAAGAACCAAAUAAUACAACUGAAAUCAAAAAAGAUAAAACAACAACAGUUAUUGAAAAAGGUCCAAAACGUGUUAAAUCACCUAAUUCAUCUCAACCUAAAAAAUUAGGAGUAUAUAAUGAAGGAGAAAAAAUACCAUCAAUUAUAAGUAAUGAAUCAUCAACUACUAAUAUUAAUAUAAAUAAUACUAAUAAUACAAAUUCAAUUAAUCCAUUAAAUUCAACCCCAUCAUUUUCAUCUUCAACAAGUCAAAAUCAACAACAACAAACUCAACAACAACUACAAGAAAAAGAUAAUAAUGGUAAUAGAAUUAGAGGUAAUACAAUAACAAAAAAGGAAUUAGCUGAACAUGAAAAAUUAGCAAAUAGAAAUGCUAUUUUAAAUUCUGGAAUUGGAAUUUCAUGA